CCCUUCUACUUUCGCGUACGGUGCUAAUGCUGAGCUAUGUAGUGUGAAGCGGGCUUCAUUCCUGGUGCGCUAUAUACAAUGUCGACUUGGUACAAGAAAUCGGAGACCAGUCUACGAGUCUCGAUCUUCUUCCUCGGGAAUCUCCUCGCUUCGGCCACUACUUCACUAAUCGGCGCGGGUAUUCUUAGCAUGGGUGAUCGAUACGGUGUAGCGGGUUGGAGAUGGCUCUUUAUAGUUGAGGGGGCCAUCACAAUAGGAAUCGGCAUCAUCUUCAUUCUCUUCCUUCCACCAUCAGUCGGCAACGGGUCUCCGCUCAUUAGCUUCGGUCGGUGGUCGUACUUCAACAGGCGCGAGUCGUACAUACUAGUGCGUCGCGUACUACUUGAUGAUCCAGCUAAGACUACGAACCAUCUACGCAUCUCAGGUAAUGAUAUCUGGACGACGGUUAAGAACCCUCGGAUCUUGUUUCAUAUCGUUAUCACGACUACUGCUACAAUACCAGUGAGUGCGAUAAAUACCUACGGUCCGAGCGUGAUCAAAAGCCUGGGCUAUGGUACCGUAAGGGCCAACGCCAUGGCUAGCGUUGGCGCUUUCAUCGCCGCGAUCAUGACAGUAUUUUUGGGUUGGGUGUGCGACACGACUAAGAGAAGAGGACCAGCAUUGCUAGUCGGCGCGAUUUGGAGCUUGAUUGCGUUUUCUUGCCUAAGAGAAGCAUGGAGGUGGAGCGCCGGGAGGAAGUACGCAGCUGUCGUAUUCUCGAUGGCUAUGAAUUCCACAAUCCACAUUCUCAAUGUCGGUUGGCUAUCGGUGAACUGUCAGCGGCCACAAGAACGAAGUGUUGCUAUGGCAAUGAUUAUAAUGGGUGCGAAUUCCGGCGGCAUUGCAGGAAGUCAGGUAUUCCGGACUCAAGACGCCCCUCUUUAUCAGAAUGCCUUUACGGCCUGUCUAGUACUUUCUGCUGUGGUUGCGGUAGAAAUCAUAGGACAAAGUGUAUGGUACUUCGUUAGUAACAAAAAGUUAGACAAGCAGGGAGAUGCUCCUGUCGUAACCGGGAAGACGGAUGAAACGCCUGACGGGCAGAGAGUUGAGUUAGUAAGAAAAUGGAGGUGGACGUGGUAGGCGGUGCUUUGACGAGAACCAAGUUUUGGAUCUGAAUACAUGAAAAUGAAUGUUCUUUGCGCUAUUCUUGUGAGUUGGUUAAGUGAAAGGCUAGGUCAUUAUAUUUUCGACGAAUGAAAUCAUGAACGGCCUUCAACUCUGAUGCUAUGCACUUAAGCGUACGUCGCUGGUUCAUUAGCUAUCUGGAUGUCUCCUGGGAUAUUGGCUUGAAUAAGUUUAGGAAUCUAACUUCGUAACUUCUAAAUGGAAAUUUAUAGGCAUAUCUAUAAUAUACGGGUAAAGAAGUUGCAGAAUAUUGAGAGGUAUUGCUCUAUGUUAAGCAAGCUGUAACGUCUAUUUG